AUGGAUAAGCAGUUGCAUACGUUGUUUGUGUCGGUGAAUGUGAAUGUGCAUGUGCUUGUGCUUGUGUUCAUGUUCAUGUUCAGUGUCUGUGGUCUCACCACAGCCACAAGUUAUGUUUCUGCAGUUGGAGACCCUGGAAUGCAGAGAAAUGGACUGAGGGUGGCCUUUGAAGCUUGGAACUUUUGCAAUGAAGUUGGCCAAGAAGCUCCUCUCAUGGGUAGCCCAAGAGCUGCUGAAUGUUUUGAUAUUUCAAGAUGCACAGGUUCAUUGAAACACAAGGUCACAGAAGCUGAUAACAGACUUGGGGUGGGAAAGCCCUUUCCUGGUCUGGGACCAGGAGAUAUAAACAACACAGACCUUUAUGCAGUUCAAAAGGAACUGUAUCUGGGUUCUCUGUGUCAAGUUCAAGACACUCCAAGGCCUUGGCAAUUUUGGAUGAUAAUGCUGAAAAAUGGCAACUAUGACACAGAAUCUGGUUUAUGUCCCAAGGAUGGGAAAAAGGUACCCCCUUUUAGUCCGGGGAGGUUUCCAUGCUUUGGACAAGGGUGUAUGAACCAGCCAAGCUUGUGUCAUCAACAGACACAGCUCAAAGAUGGCACAAUGAGAGGAGGAUUCCAUGGCACUUAUGAUUUGGAUUCUGAUUGUGAAGGUGGAAAGGAUGAUAACUCUUACUAUGAGGUAGUUUGGGAGAAGAAACUUGAUGUUGGCAGUUGGGUGUUCAAACAUAAGCUCAAGACUUCAAAGAAAUACCCUUGGUUGAUGCUGUACCUGAGAGCUGAUGCAACCAGAGGAUUUUCUGGAGGUUACCAUUAUGACACAAGGGGAAUGCUUAAAACUGUAAAGUCACCAAAUUUUAGGGUCAGGAUGAGCUUAGAUGUCAUAAAGGGGGGAGGUCCCAAGAGUCAGUUCUACCUUUUAGAUAUAGGUAGCUGCUGGAAGAACAAUGGUGCUCCUUGUGAUGGAGAUGUGCUUACUGAUGUAACUAGAUACAGUGAGAUGAUAAUCAAUCCUGAAACACCAGCUUGGUGCAGCCCCACAGGUUUAGGAAACUGCCCACCAUUUCAUAUCACUCCAGAAAACAGAAGAAUACAUAGAAAUGACACUGCCAAUUUCCCCUACUCGGCUUAUCACUAUUACUGUGCUCCAGGUAAUGCACAACACUUGGAGCAACCUGUAAGCACUUGUGAUCCUUACAGCAAUCCUCAGGCACAAGAGAUAGUUCAGUUGUUGCCUCACCCUAUAUGGGGUGCUUAUGGCUAUCCCACUAAAAAAGGAGAUGGUUGGGUUGGGGAUGCAAGGACUUGGGAACUUGAUGUUGGUGGAUUGUCCAGUAGACUCUACUUCUAUCAGGACCCAGGCACUCCUCCUGCUAAAAGAAUAUGGACUUCUAUUGAUACCGGAACUGAGAUAUUUGUUAGCUCAAAAGAUGAAGUAGCAGAAUGGACUCUCAGUGACUUUGACGUCAUUCUAACACAGCCAAAUUUCAGAAUUGAGAAACUAGCUAGGAGAAAUUAG